GAUCCAGGUCGGGAGUGAGGGGAGCCCGGCUUCGUGGGGAAUCUGCUGCUGUGAACGGGCAGCCCCCGCGCUGUGUGGGGCGGCGGGACUCGCGGGAGAGGAUCCGGACACGGGCUCCGCGCGCCUGACAGAGCCGGGCGGGGGGACACCAUCCCCUGCAGCGCGGGAAUGAAGAGGGCAAUAGGGCUGAAAGGCUGAACUUCUUUAACUGAGUUCUGAGUCUCCAUCCAAUUCACUUCAAUGCAGGUGACAGUACUGGGAAAAGAUCUGCAGCAAGAACUGCUCCAAGAACUCACCCACGCUUUGACUAUGGCUGUUCCUAUUGCGAUUCUUGAUUGUGACCUCUUGCUCUAUGGCCGAGGACACCGGACGCUAGAUCGCUUCAAGCUGGAGGAUGUCACCGAUGAGUACCUGGUGUCCAUGUAUGGCUUCCCCCGACAAUUCAUUUACUAUCUAGUGGAUUUGCUGGGAACCAGCCUCUCUCGCCCUACACAGCGGUCCAGAGCCAUCAGUCCAGAGACACAGAUUCUUGCAGCAUUAGGUUUCUACACUUCUGGCUCCUUCCAGACUCGCAUGGGGGAUGCCAUUGGCAUCAGCCAGGCCUCUAUGAGCCGCUGUGUUGCCAAUGUCACUGAAGCACUGGUGGAGAGAGCCUCACAAUUCAUUCAUUUUCCAGAGGAUGAAGCCUCUGUGCAGAGUCUGAAGGAUGACUUCUAUGGGCUGGCAGGGAUGCCUGGAGUGCUAGGGGUAAUUGACUGCACCCACGUGACAAUCAAAGCACCCAAUGCCGAGGACCUAUCCUAUGUGAAUCGAAAGGGUCUGCAUUCUUUAAACUGCCUAAUGGUGUGUGAUGCUAGAGGAGCACUGCUGAGUGCAGAGACGCACUGGCCAGGCAGCCUGCUGGACUGCACUGUGCUGCAGCAGGCAGCUCUUAAUAGCCAAUUUGAAGCUGGAUUGCACAAAGAUGGCUGGCUACUUGGUGACAGCUCCUUUUUUCUCCGCACAUGGCUGAUGACCCCUCUGCAUAUCCCUGAGACCACCGCAGAAUAUCGUUAUAACAUGGCACAUUCUGCCACUCACAGUGUCAUUGAGCAGACAUUCAGGACCAUUCGAUCCCGGUUCCGUUGCCUGGAUGGCUCCAAAGGCACCCUGCAGUAUUCUCCAGAGAAGUCCAGCCACAUCAUUCUGGCCUGCUGUGUGCUCCAUAACAUCUCUCUUGAACAUGGGCUAGAUGUGUGGUCUUCCCCAGCAACAGGACAGAUGGAGCAACCAGAGGAGGAAUACGAGCAAAUGGAAUCGCUGGACUCUGAAGCCUGUCGUAUCCGCCGCGAGCUUUUGCUUACUCAUUUUAGCUAAUAAAGCGAGGGAUGGAGACCUUUACAGAUGUACUUGAGGAAAAUAUGGGAGCAAAUACACUCUCAUAUUCAUUUAAGUUAGUAAAGAGAAAAAUUAAGAUGGGCAUGGGAGCUGGGGAAGAAAGGGAAACACUUGUAACAAAUUCACUCUGUUUUAGGGAUAUUUUACAUCUGCCAGACUCUUGAUUCCUUUGUAAAUGUUGUUUUGAGCCCUGAAUUCUCAAUACCUAAUGUGUGCAGACCCCACCUUGUCUAGAGGACAGUUAGGCAGGGACAAUAAUGUGGGAUCGUUUCCCAAUAAAAUCACUUCCAAUCGUCUGA